AUGUCAUCAGCAUACCUGCAAUGUUUACCGCAGACCGACAGUCGCGGAUCUGGAAAAGCCGUUUGCGUCCAAGAAGACAUUGAUUCGACGACGGUACGAGUGUCUAAGGAUAAACUGCUCGCUGAACGACUAGAUACGCAUACAGAAGAUGCGCCGUUGACGAUAGAAGACCUCGUUGCUGAAUAUGAGGAUUUCACUGCAUUGAAGAUGGACAAGAAAGACAUGGAAGGAAGUCAUGAUGUUCAUGUCGUAGAGGAAAAGAUUAACGCUCGAACCUACCUGACCUCAAUAUCAGAGGACGUUCUCUACGCUCUCAGCUCGACACAGGCGCAGGUAUCACGUUUGGUACACGUCGAACGUGGAAAAGCUCGUAUCUCCAGCCUUGGCACCCUGUACUAUGCCGGUCAAGGUGGCAGAAGGAUCACCGAUGAAGAUCGAUAG